AUGGCAAAUCGUGUCGGGUCACUCCAUGCCGAAGGGCAGGCACGGGUCCACGUGGGUAAUAAUUACUAUGGUUCGAGCGACAUCCUGCCGGCCGUACACGAGGCAGCCUUCGACUCUUUCGCCGAGCAGAGCAACGCACGAUGCCAUCCUGACACCCGAAUCGAGCUCUUCCGUCAAAUCAGAGACUGGGCAGAAGAUCCUCAUGGUGAGAGCAUCUUCUGGCUGAACGGCAUGGCAGGGACCGGGAAAUCCACCAUCUCCCGCACCGUAGCGAAGGUGUUCGCAGACGACGGCCUCCUCGGCGCAAGCUUCUUCUUCAAAAGAGGUGAAGGAGACCGUGGCAAAGCCACCUUGUUUUUCCCCACCAUUGUCAGUCAGCUUGUGCACAAAAUCCCUACUCUGGCGCCUUUUGUCAGAGACGCUAUCAAUGGCGACCCCGGCGUUGCCAGGAAGGCGCUGCCAGACCAGUUCAAGAAGCUCAUCCUGCAACCUCUUGGCCGCAUUCACCAUGCUAUGUCAAGUCUGAUCGUCGUUGAUGCUCUUGACGAGUGUGACGGAGACAAUGACGUAAAGACCAUCAUCUCCCUGCUAGUACAAGCAAAGACACUGAGCUCCGUGCGACUGAGGAUUUUCAUCACCAGCCGGCCUGAGCUGCCCAUUCGCCUCGAAUUC